GCCCCACCAUGUGACCACAUGUGACACGCUUCCAAUGCUGGGUCAUUCACCACCUUCUCCUUUGUCACUGUAUUCUAUAUAUUUUAUUUACUUAAAUUGAAAAAAUUAAAAGGAGAACACAGAUAGAUAGAUACUCCUUGCUGCUCAGGCUCAUAUCAUAAUAAUAAUAAGAGAACAACGAGAACGAUUAUUUGCUUCUUCAUUCCAUUCACACCUAACGGAACUCACUCCUGUGCUUCUUCUUCUUCAAUUCGCAGAAAAUGAAGUUUGUUAUGGCUGAAGCUUUGAAACCGAGCUUAAGAGGGGAGUUUAUUUUUCAGCAAACAAUUGGCGAGGAAAUAUGGUGCCUCAACGCCAACGCCAACGCCGUUGUUGCCGGCGGUGGUGGAGGUGAGGAUUUCGCCGUUGAAGACCUCUUUGACUUCUCUAACGGUGACUCUCUUCACGACGAGGAAGAAGAAAAGGACAAUUCAUCUCUUUCCUCGCACUCACAGGACAGUACCAACUCCAAUUCCACCGGCGUUUCCAAUGAUUCCAUUUUCUCCGCCGAAUUAACCGUUCCGGCUGGUGAUUUGGAUGACCUAGAGUGGGUUUCUCACUUCGUCGACGACUCUCUCUCCCUCCCUGAGCUUUCUCUUCUGUAUCCUGUGAUUUCCGAGCAGAAAAUCACGUUUGCUGAACCAGAACCAGUGAAGAAAACUCAAACUCCGCUUUGUUUUCUCUCUGAAGUCAAAAUCACCAUGAAGGCGAGGAGCGUGAAGAGUAGAAAACCGAACCCGCGCGUGAGGUCACUUAGCCCCUUGCUCACGCGCUCAUCUUCGCCGUCGUCGUGUUCCUCUGUGCUUUCAUCGUCAACCGCGCCGCCUCCCGUGGCUCCGCCGGCGAAGAAGCUGAAGAGGAAGGCGGAGGAGGUGGAAGGCGCCGGUGCGCAGUCGCAGCGGCGGUGCAGUCAUUGCCAGGUGCAGAAGACGCCGCAGUGGAGGACCGGUCCGCUAGGCGCCAAGACUCUCUGCAACGCGUGCGGGGUUCGCUACAAGUCCGGUCGGCUUUGUUCGGAGUAUAGACCGGCGUGCAGCCCCACCUUCUGCGGUGAAAUUCACUCCAACAGCCACCGGAAAGUGUUGGAGAUAAGGAGGAGGAAGGAGGUGGUUGGACCGGAUGCCGGUUUGACUCCGACCCAAAUGGUUCCCACAUGCUGAAAAUUUUCCAUCUAGAUUAGGGGAAAUAGUAGUAGAUUAGGUACACCCCCACCAACCGGUUCGAACCCGGUUCGUGUUUUUGUAUAAUAGUGUAUUUUAGUGGUUUAAUUAGUGCUAAUCAGCUAGCUGAGCUAGGCAGGUAACGGAUAUUAUUAGGAAGGCACUGAUUUGAUUGUUUGUAUCCAGCAUUUUGCUUUUUCUAGCUUUGUUGAUUUGGUUAAUCUAAUAUAGUUUUUUUAAACUAUGAGACUA